UUGAAUGUAAAUGCAAUGUUCUGUCUGGUGUCUUGUUUCCAAAGCUCUGGAGACCAAUCUCAAAGCUGCUUGCGGCUCAAUGCUGCAGUUCCUCUCUGUGUCUAUCAUCAGUCUGCGACAUACAGUUCUGCAUCACUGAUGUCCAUUGUAAGCAUCUUUGCCAGGGAGAUCCUGGACUCUCGAGGAAACCCCACAGUUGAGGUGGACCUGAGGACUGAAAAAGGAUUGUUCAGGGCUGCUGUGCCCAGUGGAGCAUCUACUGGGAUUUAUGAAGCUCUAGAACUCAGAGAUGGAGACAAGAAUCGCUUCAAGGGCAAAGGUGUACUCAAAGCUGUUGGCCACAUCAACGACACUCUCGGACCUGCCCUCACUGAAUCUGGGAUCAGCGUGGUGGAACAGGAGAAACUGGACAACUUGAUGAUUGAGAUGGAUGGCACAGAGAAUAAAUCAAAAUUUGGUGCCAAUGCCAUUCUGGGAGUGUCUCUGGCUAUUUGCAAAGCUGGAGCAGCAGAAAAAGAAACUCCUCUGUAUCGCCACAUUGCUGACCUGGCAGGGAACACGGAACUAGUGCUGCCAGUUCCUGCCUUUAAUGUGAUAAAUGGUGGAUCCCAUGCUGGAAAUAAGCUUGCCAUGCAGGAGUUCAUGGUGCUUCCUGUUGGAGCAGAGUCAUUUCGUGAUGCUCUGCGCAUUGGGGCUGAACUCUAUCAGACUCUCAGGGGAGUGAUCAAGGAGAAGUAUGGACAGGAUGCCACUAAUGUGGGUGAUGAAGGUGGUUUUGCCCCAAAUAUCCUAGAGAACAGUGAAGCACUCGAAUUGAUUAAAACUGCCAUAGACAAGGCAGGUUUCACAGACAAGGUGGUGAUCGGGAUGGACGUAGCUGCUUCUGAGUUCUACCGUGAUGGGAAGUAUGACCUUGACUUCAAAUCGGCUCCAGACCCUGAAAGAAACAUCACUAGUGAGAAGCUUCUAGAGAUCUACCAGAGUUUUGUCAAUGACUUUCCAGUGGUAUCUAUUGAGGACCCCUUUGAUCAGGAUGACUGGGCAGCAUGGACUCGGAUGACUGGUUCAGUGGGGAUCCAGAUUGUGGGCGAUGACUUAACGGUGACAAACCCAAAGAGGAUAGAGAAAGCAGCAGAGGAACGGGCCUGCAACUGCCUGCUUCUGAAGGUCAACCAAAUCGGCACAGUCACAGAGGCCAUCCAUGCGUGUAAGCUGGCUCAGGCCAAUGGCUGGGGUGUGAUGGUCAGCCAUCGCUCUGGAGAGACAGAGGACACAUUCAUUGCAGAUCUGGUUGUUGGGCUCUGUACUGGACAGAUCAAGACUGGAGCUCCUUGUAGAUCUGAGCGUCUGGCCAAAUACAAUCAGUUGAUGAGGAUUGAGGAAGAAUUGGGCGAUCAAGCCCGAUUUGCUGGCCACAACUUCAGAAAUCCCAGCGCUCUGUAAGAUGUCCUGUGGCUCCAAACUCCACACAUCAUCCACCACCAGACAAUAUGCACUGACUAAGACAGAUUUAGUACAGAUAAAACAACAGACAGACAAGACAUCAUGCACUGUAACAGACACCCAAGGAUUACUUUGCACUUGAACACCUACUGACAACUAAUCUUAUCUGACAGAAGCCCAUGCACUGAACCAAGGGGAUGACAUGCACUUCAUCCAGACUGACCACAAACAACUGAGCUAAUAAUCUGCAUGGCAGAACUGAUAUAGACAAAAUUACGCACAAGACAUGUCUGACAGAAGAUACGUUGUAGGUGUAGGAUGUGGGACAGACAUACAAUAUGACUAGAGACAGUUUAGAGCGAUGGAGUAAAAGGGAACUAUGUAAUAUUAAGUAAAAUAUUCAGAUUUAUCUUGGUGCAACAGUUUAAUGGUAUGUAAUGAUAUUGUUUCUAAUAACACAGUUAUUCAGCAGGUUGAGUGGGCUUUAAGGAAUAGUUUUCUUAUACCUUGGGUAUUUCUGAAUGACCUUGUCUGAAGUGCAGUGACCAAUUCUUAACUUAAAAAGUAUGAAGAUGGACAGAAGCUGUGGGUGCAUGUAGAGAAAGAAAUCAAGAAAGGGAAGAGCAUGAAAUAAAAAAAUGAACAACAACAACAAAAACAAUUCAGACUGCACGCUCCUGUCAAAGAGAUGGACUUAAUCAUGGGCUUAAAUACACAGAUAAACACAUGCUAACACACACACACACACAGCUACACAAACCUCCCCCACCCUCACACACACACACACACACACACACACACACAUUUGUGAUGAAGUCUCUCAGCCUUUUACUCUCUAACACUUUACUCUUUUCAUCUCUUUCUCUGCUGUUCCCUUCACCCUCCCCUCCCCCCUCCUCCUCCUCCUGCAUUCCCUAAUCCUUUACUUUCUUGUUGUUUCAUUGUCUUCAUUGUCCUCCUUUCCAUCCACCUUUGCUAUGAUUGCAGACUUUGUUCACUAUGCUUGAAUUUCUUCUCUGUUUCUCUGUAUGUGAAAUCACUGUGGUGAAAGUAAAGAAGAAAAAGAGGGAAUAAACAACAUGCUUGCCAUUAAAUAAUGUUACGGAUUAAAAUUAUAAUUUACUCCCA